AUGGCGGCUCCUACAAAUUUAAACAAGGGACAAAAACGCAAAGAGGCACCUCAAUCAUCUUCCUCGUCCAACCAAAAAACCCCCAAAGGCCGCGAUCCAAAGCGCGCCAAAAUAUACGAUGCGCGAAUACCCAUAGCACAAAAUGCGGACGCCGCACUGAAAAAUGGCGAGCUGGAUCUGCAAGCUUUUUUGAAAGCCCGCGAGUUUGAAAUCAAAGCAUUGGAAGAUGGCCAGCAGAAAGCCAAGGGUGGUCUCUCAACCAGAGCCUUUCAACAAGUCCCCAGGGACAUGCGAAGAAGAACUGCGAGUCACAAUGUCAAAAGAGUUCCGAAACGAUUGUUAAAGCGGGCAAAGAAGGAAAUGAAAGAUGACAAUACCCCUACAGUCGAUCCGAGUAAACGAAAGCCUGGGACAACGAGGAACAGACUGCGAGCAGAAACUGCAAAGCGAUUGGGGAUAUUAGCAUCGAAAAAGCGGGCACAGAAAGCGAAGGCUGGAGAUGGUACAACCACCUGCACCGUGGAAACAAGGGUUGCGCGCCCAAAGAUACGAAAGAAUAUGCUGAACGAACCCCCAAAACCAAAAUCGAAGUUUAGGAAGAGGCAAAUUCAUAAAACCUGGCUGCCUACUCACAUGUGGCAUGCGAAAAGAGCAAAAAUGACCGAACCCAAGAAGCCAUUAUGGAGAUUUACUAUACCUACCACAUCGACGGAAAAAUCCUAUCGACCAACACAUAGAGCUUCUGGUGCUAGGGGAGCUGUCGCAUGGGACAUGAGUUAUAUGAGCACUUUACGCUUAGAAGGGUCCAAUUCUAACAUCAAAAGGAUUUUGCAAUCGGUAGGUCUAGAUGUUGACGCUCUAUGGAACCAACAUGGUGAGAAGUGGAGGGAUGGAAAGCGAGCCUGGUCUGGUUGGUUGACGAGGAAACCCGCGGGCGAGGUUGUUCAAAUCGGACCCUCAACGGUUGUAUGGUGUGCUCGAGAAGUAGAAUCUGAUACCGCAAAAGUCUUCGUGAGAGUACAUCCUUCGAUAUUUCUUGAAACAUGGGGAGAGCUACUUCGUCUUUCUAAAUUACAGCACCCAAAAGUACACCUUGAAGACCUGAGGUUUGAGAUUGGAAGCAUCGAGAUUACAGGUCCAGGCUCAACCGAGACUUUACUGGGGAUUCUUCACCCAUACAAUGGCUCCACCGAUAGUCCAGAGGAACAUGGAAAGACAUUCAAAUCUUUUGUGGGGCUCUCGAAUCCCGGGACACUACCUGCAAAUGUCAUUUUAGCAUUUCCCAUCAUGGAUCCGCGUCUACGAUACCCAUCUAGGAGGGUUGCCUUACCAAGUCCUGAUGACGAGGAAGCUAAUUGUGCUCUUCUGGAAACGUUAUCGAGCUGGCCUGUGGACUCCUCCACGCCAUCAAGAGCUCUUUUUGACAGAAAUGCUCGGUUCAAAGCGACCCGCCUUCCAGCUCAAAAGUCUAUUAAUCGACGUAAAGCCGGCGAACUUCCUGGGGCAUAUCCUACUGUCCUUCUCACGGAUCCAGAGAUACCAAUUAUGCUACUGGUAUCUCGCUCAAGCUCAAGGUCGGCACAAGGUACUUGGACACUCCUUGCACCGUGGAAAUGUAUUCUGCCUAUUUGGUAUGGCCUAGUACAUCACCCUCUGACAUCUGGUGGAAAUCCACGAUUCGGAGGACUUGAUGAACUCCAACAAAUACAUUUUGAGCAUGGCAAACCUUGGUUUCCGGCCGACUAUCCCGGUACAGCUGCUGGUUUUGCUUGGGAGGCUGAACAGAGAGAAACACGAAAAGGGGAAUGGGACCGCAGACCGAAAGGAAAGAGAGUCGAAUGGGAUUCGCUUGAUCUAGGCGCUGGACGAAAAGGAGAAAUUGGUCGAGGAUGGGCUUGUGAUUUUGAAAGAUUAGUUGGGCUAUCAACGAUACCUUCAAGCACCGGUGAUACAACCCAAAGUACCACUCAGGAUACAACAGAUGCCAUGUUAAUAGAUGGACCAGAGAAUGCACCAAAGAACACCGAAGUUAAUAAACCAAUUACCCAUAUCAGCCCAAAGCAUUUCACAGCCCUCCUCUCAACGCCCUCAGCCGACCUCCCACCACUAUCCCAUGUAGCCACCAUCCGCCUAACCCUCACCACCCGCGGUAUCGCCUCACCAUGCGCCCGAAUCUACCGUCUUCCCUCUCCCAUCUUCCCAGACGAAUCAACACAAUCCACCAACCCCCCCACAACCCGCGAAGCCUGGCUCGCUACCCUCCCUCCACCCUCAACAUCCUCAAAACGCACACCCAACCCCAAAGGCCAGAAACCUCCACGGAUCCCACUUAAUUGUCCGGUCCCCCUGAGAACUAGAUUACUGGCCCAAACACUUCUCCAUGAUCCGCCAUUGGCGUAUCCUGGUCAGAAAGUGGAGGACCAUCCUCUUGUUCCCGAUGAGGAGGAUUUGAUUGGCUUCGUUACGACGGGGGAGUUUAAUCUUUCUGAGGGGAAGGGUGUUGCUAUUGGGAGUGUUUGUGUGAGGAGGGUUAUUGAGGGGUUGAGGAGGGAGGGCAAUGGGAAAGGGGGUAGACAGAGGUUGUGUAUUGUUAGGAAUGCCGGGGAGAGUAUCGGACGGCUUGCGAGGUGGGAGGUUGUGUAG